CCCUCUCGCCUUUUAUAUCGACCACCCGUCCCUGGUAUCUUCUGCCGAUCUUUGUCUGCCACCGAAAGUCUUUACCUCCUCCUCAUGGGAAGCAAAAUGCGGGGUCCCAUCAUCCGCUCGCCAUCCCUAGACCUCGUGGUACCCUCCCCCCUUUGCCGCCUAGUGGAAAUGCCGCUUACCGCUUCCGCCGCCCCUGCUCCUGAACUAAGCCAGGACGAACUUAAGCGCAUCGCUGCCUACCGUGCCGUUGAUCUUGUGGAAUCCGGCAUGGUCAUUGGCCUUGGCACCGGCUCCACCGCCGCCCACGCGCUCGACCGCCUAGGCGACCUCAUUCGCCGCGGCAUCCUUCGCGACAUCGUUGGUAUUCCGACCUCAAAGAAAACGGAGGUUCAUGCUCGCGCAGUUGGCAUCCCCCUUUCAGACCUAGAUAAUCACCCAGUCGUGGACCUCUCCAUCGACGGUGCUGAUGAGGUCGAUCGCCAUCUCAACCUGGUUAAGGGCCGUGGCGGAUCCCUCCUUCGGGAGAAGAUGAUCGAGGGGGCUAGCAAGAGAUUCGUUGUCAUCGUCGACGAGACGAAGAUGGUGAACUUACUUGGCGGCAGCGGCCUAGCUGUGCCUGUUGAGGUUAUCCCUUUCUGCUGGAGCUUCACUAUGGGGAAGCUCCGGCGGCUGUUCGAUGGGGUCCCUGGGUUCGAUUUGAGGCUGAGGACCACUUCUGGAGAUGAAAUGACUCCAUCUGUGACGGAUAAUUUGAAUUAUGUUAUCGAUCUGUUUUUUGAAAAGGGGAUUACGGGUAAUUUGGAUGAGAUUAGCGAUGCGAUUUUGAAGAUUGUCGGUGUUGUGGAGCACGGGAUGUUCUUGGGCAUGACAACUUCUGUGAUAGUAGCUAGGAAGGACGGCAGCGUUACAGUGAUAAAUAGGAUGGGGGAUAGGAGUACCGUGACCGGCUGAAGCUUAUUGAGGUUGAGGUAAAUUUAAUGAUUUGAGUAGUGAAAGUUGCGAUCUUUGAUUAGAAAGGAUGGCUGCUUGCGCAUCAAAAUUUUUUGUUUUUUAUUUUUCUUACUGAGUUAAGUGUUUUCUAUGCCGAGCGAAACAAAGUUUCAAGUAUUUGUCCUUGGAAAUUUGUGAUUAUGCUCUUGAAAAGAAAAUUUUUGUACCCUCGCAUGCUUCAUGCAUUACUCCAAUGAAGAAUUAGUUUUUUUUACAUCAAUAAACUUUUCUAAUGUUUUGCUUG